AUGCGAUCCAAGCGCAGCACUACUACUAACGAGGACGAAACGAGGGCCAACGAAAUGGCCUCUCCGACAGCAUCAGCAGCAUCAGCAGCAACAUCAGCAAGUCAUUACCAAGUUCCGAGUUUGACCUCCACACUCGGCCUCUUUUCCGUGGUCGUCUUAGUUUGUAGUUUCCGCAUUUUUGACAAGCGCAUGAUAUUGCCCUAUGCCAACGCCAUUCAAAAUACGGACAUGGAUUUGGAAAAUGCCUAUGGCCAUUCGGCUGCACUCUGCGCGAUUCAAAAGGACGGCCUCCGGUACAUUGACGAGUGGGUCAUUUACAAUCUGGCCAUCGGAUUUGAAACGAUAUACCUCUAUGACAAUUCCGAGCACAAUGAGCUCGCGCCGUGGCACGAUCAACUACCACAAUCUACGAAAGAGAGGGUGGUGAUCAGACAUUUUCCUUCCUUUCGGGCGCAACGGCCUGCCUACACACUUUGUUGGGAAGACAUCAGGAACCGAAAGGCUCAUUCCUGGAUUGCCUUUUUUGAUUUGGAUGAGUUCUUGGUGAUUAAGGAUCGAACAAAGUAUCCUCAGCUCAUGGAUUUGCUGGACAGUCUGUCAUUAGAGUAUGGUGGAUUGGCGGUGAAUUGGGUCAUGUUUGGAUUCAAUGGACAAACUACCUACGAACCAAAACCAGUUACCUUGCGGUUCCAAAAACGGGACGCCAACGCCACAAAUCCGUUGGUGAAAACCAUUGUACGAGCCCAAAUAACACCCAAUGUUCGAAGCGCACACUUUGUCAAGUACAACGCGUCAGAAACAAUGCGAACCAGGGACACCAAUGGCAAAAUAGUCGGGGGGGCACGCAAUGAGGACCUUCCGAACGAUGUGGCGGCUCUGUAUCACAUUCAUACCUAUUCCUUUGGCGAGUUCAAGGAGCGAUGUGGAAGAGGUGAUGUGGCGAAGAAAAAGUCGGAAUGGAAUAUGGUAUUGGCGUGCAAACCAAAUCAAACCAUUUUAGAGGAAAUCAACUACAACGAAACAGUUUAUGAUCCUGCCUGUUGGGAACUAUUGAAAGAACGAGCACCUGAAUAUGUGGCCAAGUUCAUAUGA